UUUUUAAUCGUUCUUUUAAAACCACGCCGGUCCUUCCUCCUCCCAUCUCUGUUCUUUGCAUAGACUGCAAUCCAGUACGUGUCUAAUGAGAAGUAAACUCUGUUAGGCUCAUUGGGGCUUACUCUCAGGUAAAAGGAUUACAGCCUUAGUUGCUUUGCUGUUGAGCCUUUAAAAAUGACUGAAGUUGCCGUCGCUAUAUGAUGCCAAAAGUAAAACAUGCGUGCAGAGAUAAAGGGAUUCAGUUGGAGAUCCAAGUACUUGCAAGCUUAGCCUCUGACAAACAGUUUAAUGCGCGUGACUGACAGCUCGCGGAGGCUUCGUCCAAUCGGCGGGGCUGGCGGGGUGAGUCCCGUCUUUGAUUGGCUGGCGGAAGUGUGGGAAAGAUUGCGGAGAAGGUUUCACACGAAUUGGGAACUGCCGCCGGCUAUAAAAGCGGAGGGGGAAGCUUCUCCAAGCCAGCCAGGAGCGGAUCUUGCAGUUAUACAAGUGUGGGUGGUGGUAGUGGAGGAGACGGAAAAAAGAAAGGACGAGCCAGCCAGCCAGCCAGCCAGCCGCGCAUAAGGGUCUCCUCUUCUCCUCCUGUCCAUUUGCAUUGCCUUUUGAUGCCUGAUUGUAAAUACAGACCUUUGCCCCCACUUACUUAUUUCUUGGCGAGCUCCUUAAGCUGGGAUAAAUAAUAAUUGCUCCAACAGCAGCGACCUUAAAUCCAUUGGCUACUACCAACAUCGGAUGUACAGUCUUCUUUAUUUUUUUUAAUUAAAAACAAUCAGCUGAUCCGCUUUCCCCCCAUCCCUCCACUGAUAUACUUGCAACGUUGGUCCUUCCUCGUGUUGUGCUUUUAUUUUUUAAACUGUUGCAUUAAAAUCGAGAGGUUACUACUACAAAAAAAAUGCCGGCUGAUACCCUGGAGAAACCGACUGCCUCCCCUAUUGCGGGGGCCCCGGCCAGUGCCAGCCAGACACCCGAUAAACCCAAGAGCGCCAGCGAACACAGAAAGUCUUCCAAACCGAUCAUGGAGAAGCGACGCCGUGCCAGGAUUAACGAAAGCCUGGGCCAGCUCAAGACUCUCAUCCUGGAUGCUCUGAAGAAAGAUAGUUCCAGGCAUUCCAAGCUAGAGAAAGCAGAUAUCCUGGAAAUGACAGUGAAACACUUGAGGAACCUGCAAAGGGUCCAAAUGACAGCUGCCCUGAGUGCUGAUCCAACCGUUCUAGGCAAAUACCGGGCUGGAUUUAACGAGUGUAUGAACGAAGUGACCCGUUUCCUUUCCACCUGCGAAGGUGUGAACACGGAGGUCCGCAGCCGGCUGCUGGGCCACCUCUCCACUUGCCUGGGUCAGAUUGUGGCCAUGAAUUACCCCGCGCCGCCGCCUCCACCUCCAGCCACGAGCGGACAGCCUGCACAUCUGGCUCAGCCUUUGCACGUUCAGUUGCCGGGCCCUGCAGGAGGAGCCGGGGCAAUGCCAGUACCUUGCAAACUGAACCCCGCUGAAACCUUGUCGCCAAAGGUCUAUGGGGGCUUCCAGCUGGUGCCAGCUACUGACGGCCAGUUCGCUUUCCUAAUCCCUAACCCAGGCUUCCCACCGGGCAGUGGGCCUGUGAUUCCCCUCUAUGCCAAUGCAAACAUGCCAGUCUCUUCUGGCAGUUCAACAGCAACUCCUUCAGCCUCUCCGGUCCAGGGGCUCACAUCCUUUGCAGGGAGCCUAGCGCCCAUCUCCCAAAGUGCAGGGGAGCGCAAUGAAACUGUCUGGAGGCCUUGGUGACUCUCCAGUGACGCCCCCUCCUCUGCUCCCAUUCCCCCACAAAAGGACUUGAGCAUAUUUGAAUUUGGUUCCGUUGUAAGGAACCUGGAUUUCUGUUCUUUUUGUUUUGUUAAAUGCAUUAUUGUUCUCCCCCCCGCAAAAAAAACACUCUAUUUAUUCAUUUCCAAAGGUUGGGAUUUCAGUUUGUAUUCUUACUCCUUUUUUUAAUUAAAAAAAGUUUAUGUGAAAUGCUUUUUUUGGGGGGGGGGGAGGAAAAGUCUUAGUGCACAAUCCUAUACAGUGUCUGCUACAAAAGGAGGGUUAAGUCCAAUUGGUUUCAGGGGGGCUUGCUCCCAGGAAACUGGGUAUAGGAUUGCAGGGUUAGUAUUGUAUCAAAUAUUCCCAUAUGCUAUGCCAAAGCUUUUUUGUGUGAAUCUGUAUGACUGAGGUUUUGUUCUUGUUUUUUUAAAAAAUGUUGGAAGUUGUUUGUACAAAUAAAAACUUCCUUGAAAUAGAAA